AUGGUGCUCUCCAUGGGUCUCUGCUGCAGCCGGGUGCCCACCACGGCUCACCCCCAUCGCUUCCUUCUCCUGUCGGCCAUGCCUCAGGCCCAGUCGGGCCAGCUCAGGCGUUCCUCCAUGUGUUGCCCUCCUCUCCCGGCCCCUUCGCCCCUCCGGCCACCGGCCUUGCCCCCCACAUGCUCCUACAGCAGUGACUCUGAAAGGCAGCGGGCACGUAGCAUGGUGGUCGUGGGCACCCCCAAUCCACUGAUGUAGCUCCACGCCCACCUCUACUUCUUCCUAAUCCACUCCUACUCUGACCAAAAGUUCACCAUCUACGAGUUCAUGGAGGGCGCCAAUCAGGCCUUUGCUAUUGUUUUGAGGUUGAUUUCUGAGCAUAAAUAUGAGCUGCUGGAGGAGUUAAUAUCUCAAGAGAUGCUUCUGGUGCUGAAGGAGAAGCUUUCUUUGCUGUCUGAAAACCAUAGAAGUGCCCUCACAGCUGACAUGGAUGAAAUAAUGUACACAACAGUUCUAGAUGUUGGCAUAUACUACGACAAAACUGGAAGAAAGUUUGUUAGUAUCCUGAUGCGUUUCUGGUGCCUGAACAAUGAUGACCUUCCUGACGAAACUCCAGAUUAA